CUCCGCAUCCUGGAAUUUUGGGAUGUGCUCAAUGCGCCGCAAGACGCGUUGAAAGUUGAUAUUUUAGAAUUCGCAAGAAUCAAACCCGCCUCGAGACGCGUUGAAAUUAUGUGCGUCAAACUCGCGCUCCCUGUGUCUCAAGAUACGCUCGUGGCCUCACAUGCAAUGUUCAUGGCCGGAAGACGUCAUUCUGUGCCAUGAUGCUCGGGGCUCAACGUCCAUGGUUCAUCCCAAUGUCGAUGUCUCCGUGGUCUCAACUUUGUCUCACCAUUUCUUCCACGCUACUCAUCAUUUCUCCUCAUCGUUGCCGACUAAACACGAUCACCCACGCAUGGCAGGAGGACGCGGUUCUGCUGCGCCAUGCGCUGCUUUGUGGCACGAGGCAGUGGGGCGAGUUGGGGAGGAGCGGUCAGCUGAGGAGAAACAAUAAGUCGUGCUGUAACCGUUACAUCUUUCUCAGAAGGAAAUUCGUCCAGCGCUUUCAGGAAGAUCUCCUGAGAGAGCACUUGGGAGGCGGUGCAUUCCCCCAGACAGCCUUGGAGACGCACAGCCAGUUGCUGCUGAGGCGUGACGGCCAGCAGCAGCAAUACUGGCACCAGCAGCACCAGCAGCACCAGCGGCACCAGCAGCAGCAGCGGCAGGAGCACCAGGAGCAGCAGCACCACCAUCACCCAGAGCAGCAGACUGGCGUGGGUUCACUCGGGUCAGCAUCGCCUGCUCUUUCUUUCGGUGGGCUGUCGUUUGACGAGUGCAGGAGCGUCUUCCUCUCGCCUAAUGCCCGCCGCCCUACAGCCCAGGCGAGCCUCGCGACUGCUUUCUGCGCUGCUGCUGCUUCCCAUGCCGCUGCUCUCUCCAUUGAUGCUGCUGCCCCACUUGCCGCCACCUCCACUGCUGCUGCUGCUGCUGCUGACUUCAGUGUUGCUUCUUUCCCCAAUGCCGCUGCUGUCUCCAGUGCUGGGUUAUUCAAUGCCGCUUUUCCCAAUGCUUCUGCUGCCCGCCAGCUGCCCGUGAAGCGGGCAAGGGAGGACUACGGCGGGCUUCUGGUGUCAAGUCGGGCUGGGAGUGGGUGGGCCAGCCGCACGCUGCACCACUCGCAGUCCUUGGAAGACCAUUUCCAGCAGCAGGGGGGAGAGAGCAGCGGAGUGCAGGCAGCGCUGUGGUCUCGCGUGGGUUCAGAGAGCGCCCUUCCAGAUGAUGUGCUGCUGGGAUUCAGCAGCGAGGACCCUAGCGUCAGUGUGCCGUUUGCAGCACUGCCAGCGCCACUUCCAGCCGCUCUCUCUGCCCAGGCAGCUCUGCCAGCGCCUCUUCCAGCGCCUCUGCCAGUGCCUCUGCCCACCCAACUCACAGCUCCUACUGGAUCUGUUCCCAGGGGAAUUCGCAGCUGCUUGGGAGGGACGCUCUCCUUUGAGAAUGGUUCUGCGGGACAGGAGAUGUUUCCCUUCAUGGGCGCACGCAGCACAGUGCCAGAAAAUGACCCUCUGUUUCUCGACACGCCCGUGGCUCUCCUGUGGCUGCAUGGGACUGCCUCCUACCUGCCCACUGAGCCCAGUGAGGCCAGUGAGGCCAGUGAGCCACAGGGACGGCCACUGGCAGCCUGGCUUCCUGAUCCAGCGCUGCCCGAGUGGGCGCUGGAGCAGGGAGGGACGAGGGAGAAAGGUGGUCAAGAGCACAAGCAUCAGCACCCAGUGGGGGAAGAAGUGGGUGUGGAAGGAGUCAGUUUUCCGCAGAGGCACCACCAGCAGCAGCAACUGAAUGGCCAUCAGCAUCUGGAGUUCGAGGGGAUUCCCUCGAUGUCAUCAUACCAGCCACUGCCAGAGCCACACCCCCAACCACUGCCAGAGCUGCUGCCUCAGGCAUUGGGCCUGGCACCGUCACAGGCAUUGGUACAGGCGUUUGCACUGGCACCAUCACUCACAUCAGAACAGGCAUUGGCGCUGGCACCAUCACAGGCUUUGGAACAGGCAUUCGGCACUGGGACCGUCACAGGCCCUUGGAGCAACCAAUACUAACCCCUAGGAUCACACUACAUGCCCUCAAUCCCCAGGGGCUCAUACAUGUUUGCUUCCAAACGACCAGGCCCUGUUUGUCAGAAACUAAAAUUUAACAAGUGUAGAAUACAGAGGGACAACAAGGGUAUAUACCUAUAGAGUGUUGUACCCUUUACGAGGUGACCCUAUAC